GAAGAUUCCGGAGACGCACGGAGAAGUGACGGGUUGGCUAAAAUAACCUUCUUUUUUUUUUAACCGCACAAGUAGUAUGAAUGGUCCGAGUGCGAUGCUCCAAAAUAAACAUAAGGAAGAAGUGAACUGAGAAGUGAGUUAUACAGUCAUAUCAAAACAGUGCUAUGUGCUGUGUGUUAACGGUGAAGCGGAUUACCGAGUCUCCGUAAUUCCGUUUAACGGGAAGGAUCACUGACUGGGAAGAGAAUUUUACGGACGGGAGCAUUGCUGUAUCCACACCUUCAUAAACACCACGUGAAGCGAGAUUAUUAACAAAGCGAUUGAACACCAAGCUUAUUUUGUGGUGUAGAAACGGACUAGUAAGAAGAUACACACACACGGGUGACUGUACCGUACAGAUGUACAAAAGCAGGGAAAGAAAACUGAAAUUAGGACAAGACGGCUGUAUUGAAGAUAGAGCAGAAAAACCAGUCCCGCUACAGUAAUCAGAAGGACAUGGAUCCACAACGUAAGGAAGAGUGAACCCAGGACCUUGAAGCUUGGAAUUACAGGGACCAUGUGUUGAGAGAUGUGGUGGCUUGAUGUUGAUUUCCACGCUUGAUGCACUGGACCUGGAAGGAAAGCCCCAGUAACAGCGGCACAGGCAGCAGGAUCAGUCAGGACUGUUAGAAGGCUUAGCUCUUGUCUGACGGAGGGAGCAGGGCCAUGAAGAGAAGCGUGUAGGAGCUCCAGUACAGGCUGCAGGCAGGCAUGCGACACAUUUGUCAAGCAUAUUGAGUGGGUUAGUCUUGGGCUCACAGUCCAGCCCAGUAGUUUUCUGCUGUCUUUCCUUGGCGGGGAGUGGCACCGUAAUCCAGGUCGUAGCAAGCAGCUGGCUGUGUUUAAUAGAUCCACCUUUCUCAAGCACCCUCCCCUCUCUCUUACUAUCCUGUCGUUUUCCUUUCUCAUCUCUAGUGCUGUAUUCUAUCUGGGACAGAUCCAGGGCUGUGGUUAUAAAUACCCUCACUGCAGCUACGUCUCUGUAAACUGGGAUUAACCUGACUCCUAGACACACGCACACACUCUUGUAAACUCUCAUCUCUCUGCGGACUAAGGCACUUGCCCUUGUAUGACAACAGUGUGAUAGGUCCUUUUUUAAUAGUUAUAUUUUAAAUCUUCAUUUCUUAAUGUAUAUUUCUAUAAAAGCUGCACAGGUUUUUUGCCUGGGAUCCCUGGACUAAGUGAAGAUCAGGCUGACCGAGCCAAAAGCUUUUCCGUUCGUUUGUGUGGGAGCUCAGCCUCGGGAGACAAAGAAGCCACUGGGAACUUAGCUGGUUUAGCAAAGACCUACAAAAAUCUCUCGUUGAUUACAAAAAUUCUGUAUUCAGACAAUUCCAUACCAAUUCCAUCUAAUUUGCAGCUUUUUUCAGUUUCUUUUUGGAGACACUGCGCAUUUUCUUUGACAGUCAAUGAACCUGUCAAUAUUCUCGACAGAAUAGACUAUAAUUAUCAAGGCCAGCUCUGUGUCUUUCUGAAACUUCUCGUCACAGCCAUUAAGGACAAAGCCAUCUCCCUGGCAACUGCAGCCUGCCUGUUUUCUGGCUCCUCAGUUCAGACUCUCGCAGAAUGAAGCUGAGGAAGCAGGUGACUGUUUGCGGUGGAGCUGUCUUCUGUGUGGCAGUGUUCUCCCUCUAUCUGAUGCUGGAUCGAGUCCAGCAUGACCCGACCCACAGGCAGAACGCUGGCAAUUUCCCCAGGAGCCAGAUCUCGGUGUUGCAGAACCGCAUUGAGCAGCUGGAGCAGCUCCUGGAAGAGAACCACCAGAUCAUCAGCCACAUCAAGGACUCGGUGCUGGAGCUGACUGAGAACGGAGGAGGGGUCCCUGGCGCCCAGCUGCCCUUGCGCAACCCCAAUGGCUCCUGGAACUUCCCCUUCGAUGGGCAGCCAACUUUUCUCUCCAUCUCUCCCCAGGACUGCCAGUUCGCCCUCGGGAGCCACCGGCAAAAAAGCGACAUGCAGAUGCUGGAUGUGUAUUCUAUGCUGAACUUCGACAAUGUGGACGGCGGUGUUUGGAAACAGGGCUUUGAAAUCUUGUAUGACGCAAACGAGUGGGAUGCUGAGCCGCUGCAGGUGUUUGUGGUGCCGCACUCUCACAAUGACCCAGGCUGGAUCAAGACGUUUGACAAGUAUUACUCGGACCAGACUCAACACAUUUUCAACAACAUGCUGGUGAAGCUGAAGGAGGACCCGCGCCGCAAGUUCAUCUGGUCUGAGAUUUCCUUCUUUGCCAAAUGGUGGGAAAGUGUGGAUUCACAGAAACGGGACGCCAUGAGGAAGCUGAUUCUGAGUGGUCAGCUAGAGAUAGUGACAGGUGGUUGGGUGAUGCCCGAUGAAGCCAAUGUCCACUAUUUCGCCAUGCUUGACCAGCUCAUUGAGGGGCACCAGUGGCUGGAAAAGAAUAUCGGAGUGACCCCACGGUCAGGCUGGGCUGUCGACCCAUUUGGAUACAGCCCCACCAUGGCCUUCCUGCUGAAGAAGGCCAACCUGACCAGCAUGCUGAUCCAGAGAGUACACUAUUCCAUCAAGAAGCACUUCUCAGCCACACGCAGCCUGGAGUUCAUGUGGAGGCAGGCCUGGGAUACAGACUCCAGUACGGACAUGUUCUGCCACAUGAUGCCGUUCUACAGCUACGACGUGCCCCACACCUGCGGCCCCGACCCCAAGGUCUGCUGCCAGUUCGAUUUCAAGAGGUUGCCAGGUGGGAGAGUAAACUGUCCCUGGAAGGUUCCUCCACACGCCAUCACUGAGAGCAACGUAGCGGAGAGAGCAAACCUGCUCCUGGAUCAGUAUCGGAAGAAGUCCAAGCUGUUCCGCAGCAAGGUGGUGCUGGUGCCACUGGGAGAUGAUUUCCGGUAUGAUAAAUCACAGGAGUGGGACCAACAGUACUUGAACUAUCAGAGACUCUUUGAUUACAUGAACUCCCACCCAGAGAUGCACGUGCAGGCCCAGUUCGGAACUCUCUCUGACUAUUUUGAUGCGGUCUACAAGCAGAAUGGUGUGGCUCAGGGUUCGAGGCCUCCUGCUUUCCCCGUGCUGAGCGGGGACUUCUUUGUGUACGCGGAUCGAGAGGAUCACUACUGGAGCGGCUACUUCACCUCCCGGCCCUUCUACAAGAACCUGGACCGCGUGCUGGAGUCCCACCUCAGGGGGGCUGAGAUCCUGUACAGCCUUGCUGUGGCUCAGUCUCGGCGGGCAGGCAUGGAGGGCCGCUACCCAGUGACUGAUUACUCUCUGCUCACUGAUGCCCGCCGCAAUGUGGGGCUCUUCCAGCACCACGACGCCAUCGCUGGCACUGCCAAGGAGGCCGUUGUCAUAGACUACGGGUUCAGGUUGCUGCACUCCCUUGUAUCUCUGAAGAUCGUGAUCAUGAACGCUGCUCACUUCCUUAUCCUGAGGAACAAGGACACAUAUCGAUAUUACCACACAGAGCCUUUCCUUGAACCGGAUGAAAGGCGUGCUACACAAGAGUCCUUGCCGGAGCGAGUGCUGAUUGAACUGGACUCCACCCCCAGGUACUUGGUUGUAUUCAACCCGGUUGAGCAGGAGCGGGUUUGCCUAGUCACGGUUCUGGUGGGCUCGGCGCGGGUUCGGGUCCUGACAGAGGAUGGGCAGACGAUUCCAGUCCAGCUGAGUGCCCAGUGGAGCUCUUCUGCCGAGAUGAGCAAAGAGGGGUAUCUGGCCUCUUUCCCAGCCCGACUCCCUGCUCUGGGCCUGGCUGUGUUCCAGCUCUACGACUCAUUCGACUCCUCGCUGACUCUGUUUUCGGACUCGCUUCUGCGGCUGCACGGUCAGAACCUGGCCCAGAGGCGCCUUGACCCGCUUCCGCUGAGGAUCCAUGACUCGGACCAGCAGGACUUCUUCAUACAGAGCCAGAACCUGCAGCUGUGGUUCUCAGGGACCACGGGCAUGCUCGAGAGAAUAAAGUGCAAGGAGGACCAGCAGGAGCUGAAGCUGAGGAUCGAGUUUCUAAUCUAUGGGACCCGGACCGCCAAGGACAAGAGUGGCGCCUACCUCUUCCUACCUGACGGGCCAGCCAAGCCCUACGCCCCAAAGGAGCCCCCGGUGGUGCGGGUAGUGGAGGGGCCUCUCUUCUCUGAGGUCGUGUGUUACUAUCAGCAUUUCCAGCAGACCGUCCGCAUCCACAACCUUCCAGGAGUGGAUGGCCUCUCUCUGGAUGUCACUACGACGGUUGAUAUCCGGGAUCAGACUAACAAGGAGCUGGCUAUGCGCCUCGUCACAGACAUACAGAGUGAGAGUGUUCUCUUCACAGAUCUCAACGGAUUCCAGAUUCAGCCCAGAAGAUAUUUCCAUAAACUUCCUCUUCAGGCCAACUUCUACCCGAUGCCAUCCAUGGCUUACAUCCAGGAUGUCCAGCACCGGCUCACUCUGCACACUGCCCAGGCUCUGGGAGUGGCCAGCCUGAAGAGCGGUGAGCUGGAGGUGAUCCUGGACCGACGGCUCAUGCAGGAUGAUAACCGUGGUCUGGGCCAGGGCCUCAAGGACAACAAGAGAACCGCCAACCACUUCAGGAUUCUGCUGGAGAAAAGGGCUACUGCCAACAAGCAUGCUGGCUUUCUCUCCAAAAUCACCUCCAUCUUUCACUCUCUCAUCUCCUACAUCUAUGGAGCCAGCACCCAAGAGGUGCACGACAGCCAGCCAAUCAGCUUCCCGUCGCUGCUCAGUCACAUGACCUCCAUGUUCCUGAACCACAAAGUCCUGGCCCUGCCAGUGUUGCCGAAGAAGCGCGGCGUGCCACCCCUGCAGACCUUCAGCCCCCUCUCGGGCACCAUGCCAUGCGACUUCCACCUGCUCAACCUGCGCAGCAUUCAGAACAAGGAUAAACUGACCCCCUCUCUCGAUGCUGCUCUUAUUCUCCAUCGGAAGGGUUUUGACUGUGGCCUGGAGGCCAGGAACCUGAGCUUCAACUGCAGCACCACACAGGGCAAGCUUUCCUUGGCAGGGAUGUUCCAUGGUCUUGAUGUUCACACAGUCCAGCCCAUGUCUCUGUCGUUGAUGUACGCGGGGACUCCUCUCUCCAACGUCUCCCAGAUCCAGCUGGACCCCAUGGAGAUCUCCUCCUUCCGGCUGCGGCUUGGCUAGAGCUGCCCAGCACCUCUCAUCUGAGCCGGAUCAGAACCUUCAGGCUUUCUGGAUGGAUUGCUGUGGAAACCACAGGACUGAAAAUGCGUUUUUAAAAAUCCUGACCCUCUCUAGUGUAUCCAGAUUUUAUUUUCAGGCUGAGCCUGAACAGAACUCCUGAUUUAACUCUCACUCCAUAAGCAGGAGUCUGCCCUUCCUGCCCCAUGUCUCCCUGUCCCUGUGGAUGCGUGCUUCAGAGAGGACAAGCUGUAAGGGGCACAAUGCUUCUGUGUAGGACAGACACAUGGCGGAUGAGGUACUGGGGAGCCUUGUUUGAAAACCAGAUCCGUCCCUUCAGCAGCUCUGUCCAGACACGGUUAUUGUUGUAUUUAUUUAUUUAUUUUUUUGAAAGAAGGGGUUACUUAAAGAUUGAGAUCGAAACUCUGUCUUCAGCUAAAGAAUUGAUGGAGCUCAUCCCUAAUGCUGGUCUGACUGGGAGCUGAGACAGGGAGAAGUGUACUCAAUCCUAGUGUAUUCCCUCCUGUGUCUGUCUCUCCUUUCAACUCCAGUCCUGUGGCCUGACAUUCAGCAGUGGGCUUUGUUUAAUGCACAACCCCUUUUAACCACUGCAAUAGACUCUGCGUGAAUGUGUUUAAUGCUGAAGAUUGAGACUGGCAUGGUUCUGUACUGUGAUGUAACACUGUCUCUGAUUGUACAUGGUUUCUACUCUAUCCUUCACCCUCACUAAUCUUGCUCCACCCUUUUUUCAGAGCCUCCUGUACUCAAACGCUCCGAUAUAUAUAUUGGGGCUUCUGAGUUUUGGUUUUAACUGAUAAAGCACGCCUCUGUCCUGAUACAAAAAAUCAACUGUGUAUCCAAUAAACACUGGAAACGGUUACUCUGUUUACGUUGACUUUAAAUGUGAAAAAUAUAAAUAAAAAAAACUUUGUGCAGUUGGGCAAUGUCCCUCCUUCCUGAUUUGUAUUUCGCAUUUUUUUUUGUACUGUUAUUUGUUGUUGUUCUUAAUUUAAAAUAAAACUAAAAAAUAUGUUUAGGUAAAAUUGUAUUAAAACAA